UUCAGCCUUGACCAGGAGGAGUGUUGAUAGACAAAGGUGUUAGGAAUCCUUUCUCCUUUGUUCAGAAGUUAGUCUCUUUUUCUGCUCAGUCAUACUCUUCUCUCCCCUCACUUACCCCAGGGUAGGAGGGAAUGAGGUUUCCCUGUCACAGCUGGGGUGAGGCCAAGAUGUGAGCACUACAUAUGGCUAAUCAGAUAUGCUUUAAAUGAUAGUUAUUGCCAUUAUUAUUAUUUUGGAGAUGCUUAGGGAUGUAAAUAGAAAGGAGCACGGAGACAGACUGCCUGGGACGAAUCUGGGUUCCUCCUGCUACUAUGUGAUCUUGGGCAGCUUUCUUACUGUCUCUGUGCCUCAGUUUCCUCAUGUGCAAAACAGCAAUGCUAACAAGACCCACUUCAUAGAGUUCUUAGCAUUAAGCAAAUUAAUAUUCGCUAAGCACUUAGUGUAAGUACUAUGAAAGUGUUUGGUGGAUAAAAUAAAGGUGGAGGGCGCCUGGUCCAGCCUUACCUCCCUUGUGCCGAGCUGUGCAGGUGGUGUUACUAUAUGCCUCCCGGUCUUAGUGUGUUUUAGGUGUUAUUCAGCAGUCCGGCUCCCUCCACGGGAUGGGUGCGUGUGGUUGUAGCUGUAUUAGAAACUUCCACCGGGCAGCGGUGACUGUGGGUUGUACGUCUGUCGAUCGGAGGUGUUCUUGCACAUGCCUGGAUGUAGAGGUGACUCCACUCAGCGCGUUAAAACAGGUAUCACACGCCUGACAAUCCCAGGGUCUUGCAAGGAGGUCUGAUCCUGGCGUUUAGGUGGAGCUGUACGGAGUUGCGAAGGGCAGCGGGGGCCGCGGGCCUGGCGCGUGUGGCAGGAGGGGGUGUUGCCCGCUUGAGAACGCAGAGGGGAUCGUGGCUCCCACGCCUGUCGGGCUGCGGAGACCGAGCUCCUGGUCGCGUGUCUGUAGCAGGAGGGUCGGUCCACACCUCCUCCGGACAGCCUCCGCCGCUAGCUCGGUGCGCGUCGUGGGAGGUGCCGUUACACACUUCCUGUGGGUCUCCCGGACCACAGCGCGUUUCCGGUGCCGGCUGGAGGCCGGGGUCCGAGCCCCCGCCCCGCUCGCCGGCCCCGCCCCGCCCGCGCCCCGCCCCCCGCCCCCCGCCCCCCGCCUGCCCGCCGCACUCGGAGUCGGGCGAGCGGAGCCCGAGGCGCACGGAGUGGCGCGCGCCGGUCGGCGGAGCUAGGCUGGCGCCCCCGCCCCCAGCCCCUCAGUCCGUCGCCCGUCCGGCGCCUUCCCGUUCUACUUACCUUCGCUCCCCGGCCCUGUGGCCGCGCUCCCUCCCUCCCCUCCAUCCCGCCCCCUCCAGCCCUUGCUGCCGGGCUCCUACAGGCCCCCUCGCUGCCCGCGUUCCUAUGGACAGACGCACAGACACCUGCAGGAAAGACACUGCUGAUCCUGUAACAUGGAGGAUUGCCUUCAUACCUCAUCUGAGAAUCUAUCCAAAUUGGUCAGCUGGGCCCACAGCCAUGGGACCAUUUGCAGCCUCAUUCCAAACCUGAAACAUUUGCUUUCGGAAGGUUCCCAUGGGAACCUGACAGCAAUGUGGGGCUGUAGUGCGGGCCAUGCUUAUCACUGGCCACUGACAGCUACUUGCAGAGCUGGCUCCCAAGAAAGGGUCUGUUUCCAGGAUAACAGAAGUUUUAACUCUGAUAGUCCCAGUAUAAUUGGAGUGCCCUCUGAGACACAAACUAGCCCCGUUGAAAGGUACCCUGGGAGACCAGUGAAAGCAAAGCUAGACUGUAAUCGGACCAGAGACUCUUGUGACUUCUCUUAUUGCAGUGAGCCCUCUGAACUGGAUGAAGCUGUUGAAGAGUAUGAAGAUGAAAACACUCUGUUUGACAUGGUUUGUGAGUCUUCUGUUACAGAUGAGGAUAGUGACUUUGAACCCCAAACCCAAAGGCCUCAAAGCAUUGCUCGAAAAAGGCCUGGAAUAGUCCCAUCUUCUCUCCAUUCAAGCUCCCAGGCUCAGAUGAUUGAUGAAUGCAGCAGUGAUGUGAUCAUUAAGAAAAUCAAACAGGAGAUUCCUGAAGAUUAUUAUAUUGUGGCGAAUGCAGAGCUGACCGGAGGGGUAGAUGGACCAGCCCUCUCCUUGACGCAGAUGGCAAAACCUAAGCCUCAGACUCAUGCUGGUCCCUCCUGUAUAGGGUCUGCUAAGCUGAUUCCCCAUGUAACAUCUGCCAUCAGCACAGAGCUAGACCCACAUGGUGUGUCUGCAUCCCCCUCUGUGAUGUCUAGACCAAUCGUCCAGAAGACUGCUAGGGUAUCUUUGGCUUCACCAAACAGAGGACCCACUGGUGCCCAUGGCACCAACCAGCAGGUGGCCAUACAGAUGCCGGUGAGCACAUCCCAUCCUAACAAACAGAUCAGCAUCCCUUUGUCUGCCCUGCAGCUGCCUGGACAGGAUGAGCAAGUUGCUUCUGAAGAGUUCCUGUCCCAUCUGCCCAGCCAGGUCUCCUCCUGUGAGGUGGCCCUUUCUCCCUCAGUUAACACAGAGCCAGAAGUGAGCUCCAGUCAGCAGCAGCCCCCAGUUGCUCCGACCAUAACCACUGAGGCCACGGCACAGUGCAUACCAGACCAGGAUGAAAGAGCAGCUGAGCUCAGCAGGGAGCAGAAUGAGAAAACCAUCCGGAGCACGCAGACCGCGCUCCGCAAUUUCCCCUAUUCUACUAAGCUCAACAAAUUUCCUGUAUUUAAUAUUAACGAUGACUUGAAUGAUCUGUGUACCAGUGCAGUAAGCCCAAAUACGACCAAAGCAACACGGUAUGCCCUGAAUGUGUGGCGAUAUUGGUGUAUGACCAAUGGGCUCAAAGAUCACACAGACAUCACCAAGAUCCCUGCAGUGAAGUUGAACGAGCUGCUUGAGAACUUUUAUGUCACCGUUAAGAAGAGCGACGGCUCAGACUUCCUGGCCACGUCGCUCCAUGCCAUCCGCCGAGGCCUGGACCGCAUCCUGAAGAACGCGGGCGUGGGCUUCUCCAUCACCAGCAGCACCUUCAGCUCCUCCACCAAGAAGCUCAAGGAGAAGCUGUGGGUGCUGAGUAAGGCAGGGAUGUCAGGUGCCCGUUCUCGCAACAUUGUCUACUUCUCCCUCUCUGAUGAGGAGGAGAUGUGGCAGGCAGGGUGUCUGGGGGAUGACAGCCCCAUCACCCUUCUGUCCACCGUGGUCAAGUACAACAGCCAAUACCUGAAUAUGCGGACGCUGCAGGAGCAUGCUGAUCUGAUGUAUGGUGACAUUGAGCUGCUCAAAGACCCACAGAACCAGCCCUAUUUUGCCCGGACAGACAGUGUCAAGCGGGAGAGUCGGAGUGGUUCCACUCGAGUGUGCCACGGGAAGAUCUACCACGAGCAUUCCAGGGGACACAAACAGUGCCCUUACUGCCUCCUCUACAAGUACAUGUACAUCCAUCGACCACCCACCCAAAUGGAGGCCAAGUCCCCUUUCUACCUUACCGCCAGGAAGGAGGCCGCAGACAUGGGCAGCGUGUGGUACGAGGAACAGAGGAUGGGACUGAGGUCUCUUCGGGGAAUUGUCCCGAACUUAGCCAAGAAGGUCAAGCUGGAAAACUGUGAGAACUUCACCUUCGUCUCAUUUACUCAGGUCUCCAGGAGGCUUGGCUCCCACAGCUGCUGCCAGUGAGUCUCCCCUGGGUCCCGGCCACCACCCGACACACCCUGGCAGGCGGGCGCUCCCCCGCAGCCAAGGCCAGAGCUCUGAGGCGGCAGGGGUGACCGUGACUUCAUGGUCAGGCUGGUCCCUGUCAGUGGGACUUUGAGUGAUUUCUUUCUUUCUUUCAAAGAUUUCUUUGACUUUGGGUUUGUUUUUUUAACUGAAAGUAGAUGAAUAUUUAGGAUGUUUUAUCCAGAUGUGUGUCACCUUUGUUAAAUUAUAGAGUCUAAUGCACUGUAUAAGUUACUACAUACACAAGAGUGAGGAAGUUCAUUUUAUCUAGUGCCUUUUUAGCACAGAUUUUCUCAAAAAAAAUAAAAGGGAGGGGGGGGAAGAAAACUGUUUAAGUAGUCACUAAAAAAAAAUCCCAGUAGCCUAGUAGCUUUAGAAUGUUAUAAACACUUUGUGGAAUUACACUCACAGUGAGGAACUAGGAAGAGAGAGGCAGACAUGUUAACUAUUUCCAGGAGAAAAAUUGCACCUGGCACUCCUUACAUUUUGUUGUUGGAUAACUUGGUCCUGCAGAGCAAGCAGCCUUGCUUGAUGGAAGGUCGUGGAGCUACGCUCAGUCAUGCUGAUAGGAAGGUGGGGACUGCUCUCAGCCCUGGGAGGAACUUGACCUCUGCAUCAAUGGAGACAGUUUUAUGAGAAAAGAUUAAUGCACCAAACGGUGCUUGUGAGAACAAGGUUUCCAAUGAACUAGAUGGUUUGUACCAUGAGGGAAUUUCCAGUAGUGAGAGAAAGUGUCUUGGAAAAGCGGUCUGUGAUCAAAACGUGAAAAACCUCCUGAAGCAGAAGUGCCUACGUUUUCUUUCUCGGCGUCAUGUGAAAGCUAUUUUCGUUUGAACAUUUUUUAGAGGUUUUUUUUUUUUUCAUCUGUUCUUUGUGUCAUACAGUUGUUCUGUCAGCAUAUAGCACUGGACUGUAAAACAACUGAAAGUAGUUUUCAGGCGUAACCAGGAAAAUCCAACAAAACAAGCUGCAAAGAAAACAAAUCCCAAAAUGUGUUUAUUAAAGAGUUUUGAAAUAUUUUUGUCAAAGUAUGACUCUUUCAGCCACAAGAGAUCUCAUCAUUUUAGGUUGGCACCAAUGCUUGGGACACGAGGAUGUAGGCAACCUACCAGGUAAGCAAACCCAGCAACAAGGACAUAGUUGAAAAAUCAGACCAUGAUGAUAGGUUAUCAAUGCAGUUUGAAAUCAUUUCACUCAGGUGAGACUGAACCUGACCACUUGUUAUUCAAACAUUAACAGAAUGUUAUAAUAACUGCUCUGAAUAAGUGAAAAAGGAGCCCAAAGAGGACUAAUUAAUAAUAAUAAUAAUUUCUAGGGAAUCUUUAUUUUGUAUUU